ACCUCAGUCAGUCAGUCUCUCUCAAUCCACAGAGUUGAGUGGUAAUACGCCGCUCUGAUCCUGCAACAAGUACCACCAUUGAAGAUAAAACCAGUGGCUUUUUCAUUUGAUCGAGUGGCGGUUGGAAAGAAAUGCCCACGUGAACUACAUUAUAACGUGUUGCUCAGCUGUUAUAAUGUAAGCCAGCACCUGUAGGAAUGUCAGACGGUGUUUAAAAAGACUGUAAACAAAAGGUGCACGAUAACCGAGUAAAGAAAAAGAACAGAAUAACUGCGUCGGCAACGUUGUACUACUGCUAGACCAGAAAGGAAGGACCGUCGGUGUUGCAUGGAGGGACAGUAGCAGCAAAAUGCAGCAUUCUGGGGUUGUUGCAUCUCUCAUAGCAGUCUCCACAAUGGAUGCAAGGAGAGAAAGCUGGCUGUUUGAUGGGGUGUGCUAUCCAAAACAUUAUGUUUACAAGAUGUAGUGAAAGCAUUGUGGGAAAAGAAGUAAAAACGUCUGUGAUCCAUGUGUAGAAACUGCUGACAGCGAAUGUGCAUUUUAGAGAAUGAAAAUUGGAUAUUCAAAUGCCACAGAUACUUUCAUAGAUAAGGUGCCAGGUGGUAUUAGAAUUCUGGAAAGAGAUAGAAACAUAUUUCUGUCUAGAGCUGAGUGGCAAGGUGUUGGGAGAGAGAUUGGCAAGCUGUGUGGCAUUCUUAGGGUGACAGAUGCCUUGAACACUGUGACUGUUGUGAGAUGGCCACAUGGCACUCUGACAUAGAGAUGGAAGAGACCGGAUGUGGAGGGAAGGGGCGUGGUGGUGCCAGUAGUGGAGGAGCAGCAAGGGGAUGCAUCAGAGUCCGCCACUACACAGGAGCCUCUUACAGGGACUCAGGAGAGAUCAAGUUCUGCAUCUCAGAGUACAAGAAUGAUGCUUUUCAGAUGAUGCUGUUGAUGAAAAGCAACCAAAUGUUGACUGAUGUGAAGCUGGAGGUGGGACGUGAGAUCUUCCACGGCCACAAAAUAGUGCUAGCAGCAGCAAGCCCAUACUUCAAGGCCAUGUUUACAGGAGGCUUGCGAGAGUCUGAGAGGAACACGGUGCGGUUACAGGGGGUGUGUCCCACUGUGCUGGCCCACCUGCUAUGCUUCAUGUACACCGGGGAGAUAGUCAUCAAUGAAAUGCUGGUUUGUCAGCUCCUGCCUGCUGCCACCAUGUUCCAGAUGAAUCAUGUGAUAGAUGCCUGCUGUACUUUCCUUGAGCAGCAGCUUGAAGCAGGAAAUGCUAUUGGUAUUGCAAGCUUUGCACAACAGCACGGGUGUAUGGAUCUGUACCGCAAGGCCAACACUUUCAUCGAGCAGCACUUCUCAGAGGUAUCCAUGGAGGAGGAGUUCUUGCAGUUAUCAAGCUGUCAGCUCCUGAACCUCAUUCAGCGUGAUGAGCUCAAUGUCCCUGAUGAGAAGGACGUGUACAAUGCUGUGCUGAAGUGGGUGAUGCACGAUGAGGACAACAGACAGCCCAAGAUGGAACACAUCCUACAGGCAGUCAGAUGUCAGUAUCUCUCACCAAGAUUUUUGACGGAACAGAUGAAGAAUUGUAAACUACUGAGAAAGGCUCCUGCGUGUAGAGAAUACCUUGCCAAGAUCUUUGAGGACCUGACAUUACACAAGCCACCCAUGCAGAAAGAGAGGACUCCCAAUGCCCCAUGUGUCAUAUACUUGGUGGGAGGCUACUCCAACCGGCAGAGUCUGGACACCCUGGAGUGUUAUGAUGUGGAGGAGCACCAAUGGACUCAGCUUUCAAGACUGCCUGUAGCAAGGUCAGGCUUGGGAGCAGCAUAUCUUAGAGGAAUAUUUUAUGCUGUGGGAGGGAGGAACAUCCUACCCAAUGGGAAUUACCACGACAGUAACUGGGUGGAUUCCUUCAACCCACUGACAAACUCUUGGAAGCAGCGAGCCAGGAUGAACUAUCCUCGCAACCGUCUGGGAGUAGCAGUGCUGGACAGCCAGUUGUAUGCUGUGGGUGGGGCCAAUGGUGCCACCUGCCAUAACACAGUGGAAAAAUAUGAACCAGAUGAUGACCAGUGGACUCUAGUGCAUCCUAUGUCAUGUGCCAGGAUGGGGGUGGGAGUGGCAGUGGUAAACAGACUCAUGUAUGCUGUCGGAGGAUAUAAUGGUGAACAACGUCUCAAUUCCGUUGAGUGUUAUCACCCCGAGAAUGACAGGUGGACUCUUGUGUCACCCAUAAGGAUCCCCAGGAGUGGUGCAGGUGUGUGCUCGCUGGGGAACAAUAUAUAUGUCAUUGGUGGCUACGAUGGCCAACACCAGCUUUGCUCAGUGGAGAAAUAUGACACUGAAACAGACACAUGGACUUCAGUGGCUCCCAUCAAGACCCCUCGCUCAGCCAUGACUGUUUCGGUCUGGGAUGGGAAGAUCUUUGUGAUGGGUGGGUAUGAUGGGAGCCAAUUCUCUUCUGUGGAAAUUUAUGAUUACCAAAGAAAUGAAUGGCGUGAAUGCAGACCUCUUCCUUGGGGCAGAUCAGGGCAUGCCUCAGCCUCCUCCUUCCACCCCUGCCUCCUUCACUCAGACACCAGAUAACACAGGACCUGCAGUAACAUAGGAGUGUCCUCGGUAUUCCAGUUAGGAAGAAGUAGGUACCCAGGAUUAAUCAUUCACAAGACAUAGAAAAUUGCAUUCAUGAGAAACUAGAUAAAUGGCAGGAGCAGUUGUCAUGAAUUUUCCUCUCAAGUUUCUGUUAUAGCUACUUAUAAUUCAGUAUUUGUACAUCUGUCUGUUUAUUGCUGGGAUCUACUGUCUCAGGAUAUAAUGAAGCCAUACUCAAGUCCAAAGACAAGUUGUAUAUACUAUUGGAAAUAUUCAGAACUGUUUGUAGAAUAUGGCAGGUGACAAUUUAAAAAACAGCAGAAAUCUUUCUUGAUAAUGGCACUGAAAAUAUGUGGUGUACAGAACUCCUCAUAAUGUAUAGUAGUUUUAUCAUUAUCAUCUCAUUAUUAUAGUUGUCAUUGUAUCAUCAUUGUCCACCAUCACUCGCACCACCACAACCGCCAUCAUCACUUCCCACACUAAGCCAGACAGGAUGUCACUGGAGAAUCAAAAACUUAAAACCAACACUCAAGUCAAGAGGUGAAGGAAUGCCCAAGGAUGUGAACUUAGCUGCUGGUCAUCCAUAAUUCAAUCCUUGAGACUCUAAUAUUGACAUUCUAUGCAAUACUGCAGGCCACCUAAGUUUCAGUAAUGAGUGUGAAGGAAUGUAUAUCUUUAUCAUUUAUUUAUCUCUGUUGAACUCUUCUAUUACUUAUGAACUGAUCUUUGAGUUGCUAUGACCAUAUUCAUUGCAUAUUCAUUCAUUUACCAUACCACAUCACCUACAUUUUAUCAUACCAUUGUCACUACAUGUGUGCAUAUUCUUUACUCUCAUAUUCAUUGUAUGUAUUGUGACCAUACAACUCAGGCCAAAGAGGAAAGUAUGUACAUGUGUAGAUAGAAGAGUAUUGGAUUUCUUUAUGGCUGUGAGCUUGAUAGAUAUGCAAUGAAUAUAGAAAUAGCAAGCAUUUCACUUAGGUUUGAAGAAUGAAAAGAAUCACACUUGAAUUCUAAAUACCAUAUACUUGUGUGGACAGCAAAUUGAUCAGCAGGGUCUCUUUAUUAAUUUCAUUCUGAUGCUCUUUAUGGCAGUCCAUGGUGAUGUUAAGUCUUGGGUACAAGAUAAGUAACCAUGUAAUAUCUGGAUCUACUAGUUUUCUUCUAUGCAAAGUUCUUUGAUCUAUUGAAAAUCUGUCAGUCAUCAGCUUUUGUCGGGAAAGUGUUGGCAGAUCAGAUAGUUGUUGAGUAAAUAAAAUGCUAGGCAGUGAAACAAAUGCAAUAUGCAUUUUAAUAAGGUAGUUUGACUGGUCACAGGUGGCUCUGUCAUAAUGUAUUACUGCUAGUUUUGAGACAGUGAAGACCUGUUACAAGUGAUUAUGCCUUCUGAGAUUGUCUUACUUUGUCAGGACAGCAGUGAAGGAGUGUGAGGGGAUAUCCCUGUUAAAUUCACUUGUCAUCAUCAUGAUGAACUGGAGUGCGAAAAUAUUUGGGUCAUGAGUGAAUAUACAUGCAGGAUACUUAUCAGGAUUAGAUACAGAUGUUAUAAUCCUCUGCUCCAGAACAGGAAGGUCAAUACACUUUUGGUGUUGAAGUUGGUUUUAUCAAGAUUAGACUGUCCAAUCCAACUAUGAGUGGUUGUGAUCAGGUCUGUCUCAGAAAACAUGCUUAUGUUAAUCAUAAGAAAUAUGACUGUAUCUGCUUUAUCUAUAUACAUAGUAAUUCGUGAUAGCAGCAGCCAAGCUGCAUAUAAGGGACUGUAAUAACUUGAAAGACUUGCAAAACAGGCCACUAAUUGCAAUCAUGUAAUCAAUUGCUUAUAAAGCUUUAUCAAUUUUUAAAAGUGGAAAGUGUGAAUUGCUGAAAUUAUCAUAGUAUUUAUCUUUGAUAGAGGAAUUUGUAUUUAUAUGUUGUCAUUAUGACUAUUUCCUUUAUUUUUAACAUUACUCUUGCAGUAACUUUAUUGUUCAUAGAUAUUGCAAGUGUUAAUGGAAUAUACAUCAUCCAAAUCAGUUUCAUUAUGUACCAAAUGCAUUAACAGUAAAGACUUGCACAAUAUUAUCUUGCAUGGAUGAAUGUAAAGAUGCAGGUAGUCUGUCUAUCAUCCCAAGUCUUGCUCACCUCUGGGAAUUCUGAGUUGCUUCUGGACAGCCUAGUGUAAAUGGACAAAUUUUUCUUUCUUUUUUUGAACUACAGUGAUCCUUUCUGCACAUUUUUUCUAAAGUUACCAAAUUGUAUUGUGCACCAAACUUGUGGUUCCAGUCGCCGAUUCACAUUAAUAUGUAUUCUACACGCGCCGUUUCUCAGCCAAAUGUAUGCAUGUGAAGAGCAUUGUUUUUGAUGUUUAAAAAGUAAUGCAGUACUGUUUGUAGAAUAUACAUACUUUCACCUGAAAGUAUUUCUAACAUAUUUGGUGUGUUUGAUAUAACAGGGAUUGAAGGAUUGAAUUCUAACUAGUGGUUUUCAUUUUUUUGAAAAGCAUAUUUUUAUUUUACAUAGAUCUGUCUGUCUAUCUAUCUAUCUAUCUAUCUAUCUAUCUAUCUAUCUAUCUAUCUAUCUAUCUAUCUAUCUAU